AGCAGUUUAGUCUUGUUUCCCCGUCACAGUGUUUCCCACAGACGUGUCUUCUGAGAAGUAUGAGCGCAGUAGACGAUGGCGGAGGCCAACGCGCUUGAAGAGCUACAGUCGGAGCUCACCUGCCCGGUGUGUUUGGAACUCUUCCAUGAUCCCGUGAUCCUUGAGUGCGGGCACCACUUCUGCCAGGUGUGCAUCAUCCAGUGCUGGGAAGCUAAGGCGGACGAGCUCUCGAGUUGCCCGAAGUGUAGAAAGUCGUGCGCCCGGAAACUGCGACCCAACUCGCUCCUGUGCAACGUCGUGGAUAGUGUGCGCAGAGCCCGCGCCAUGGACGCGGCCGCGGGGAUGUGCGUGUGGGACCACGAAGGUACGCUGGAGAUGCCCGAGGACCGCGAGCGGGGUUCCAGCAUGAGCAGCGUGGCCUCGUCCAUCGGGCACUGGCCACGCCUGGGAAUGGGUUUGGAUAUGUGCGAGGAGCACGAGGAGAAGCUGAAGCUCUACUGUGAGGACGACCAGCUUCCCAUCUGCCUAGUGUGCGGGAUGUCUCGAGACCACAAGAACCACAAUGUCAUCCCCAUUACAGAGGCGUUUGAAAGCUACAGGGGUAAGCUGUCUGUGGCUCUGGAGAGGGUUCAGGUGCAGACAGAGGAGGCCACACUCUUCCAAAAACAGACCAAUGAAAAGAUCCUUCUCAUUAAGGAGCGAGCGGGAGAUUUGGAGGAGCUGGUCUCUGCAGAGUUUAGCCGUAUGAGGGAGUUCCUCGUUGAGGAGGAGGAGCGCAUAAAGGAAAAACUGCAGAAGCAGAAGGAGGAGAAGCUUCAGCAGCUGGAGGAGGCGCUCACUCAGUCCACGGAGCAGAUCAGCCAACUGGAGAUUACAGCCGAUAAACUUCGGCUCAAACUUAGAGAAGAAGAAAAUCCCGAGCAACUCAAGGGGAUUAAAGAUUUUAUUGGAGGGGCAGAGAGCUUGUUUGAGCGCCCUGCAGAGAUGGCUGUGGACCUGCAAUCUGGAGACUUUCUGGGACCUCUCCAGUACAGGAUUUGGAGGAAAAUGAGCUCAAUUCUUCAGCCAGCUGUGACACCUGUGACCCUUGACCCAGACACAGCCUACCCUUGUCUGUGGGUUUCCCCGUGUCGCACCAGCGUCCAGGUGGGAAACUUACAAGCGAACCUGCCCAACAACCCCGAGCGCUUCACUCGCUACAACAUUGUCCUGGGCUCUGAAGCCUUCUCUUCAGGCAGACACUACUGGGAGGUGGAGGUAGGCUCUAAGACGGCGUGGGGACUGGGCGUGGCCACAGUUUCCGUCAACAGGAAAGAUGAGAUCAGCCUUUGCCCGGAUGAUGGUUUCUGGACGCUGGUGCUGAGGGACAGCGGAAAUGGCACCAGCGAGUAUGAAGCUUGCACUGACAUAGAGGAGAACUUAUUAUAUCCCUCCAAACCUCCGAAGAGAGUGGGGAUAUACCUGGACUACGGUCGUGGCCUAGUGUCGUUUUAUGAUGCUGGAGACAUGAGCCACCUCUUCACAUUCAAUGAUGCAAAAUUCAAAGAGCCUGUUUUCCCCUACUUCAAUCCCUGGCCGAUCAUCAACGGACACAACCGGGAGCCGCUCACCAUAGUAACGCCACACUGGGGAUAGAUGGCCUUUUUUUUUUUCCAUCAGAGAACCGACACUGCGCAUCAAACGGAUUCAGGAUCAAACUGCAGACUCGGCUGCUAAUAACUUUAAGGGACUUGUCUCAUUAGCAUUCACACAUCUGUCUUAUUACAAGGACUUUUUAGGGGUAUGACGACGGUCUUGUAAGGCUGUCAAGCUGUGGAUGAAACAUCAGAAGGACAAGAAAGGCGACACUUCAAUCAAUCUAGCUGCAAAGAAAGUACAUGAAAAGAUCAUCAAUGAACUGUUUAGCUAAAACCUAAUCUGUUUGAUCCAUUAUUCCUCUGUGUGCCACCGAGCUCCGUUGCUGUUUGACAAAUACUGUUAUAAACACAACCUGACACAGUCUUUUAUUAUGGUGAGCACACACACUGGUUUUAUUCUCAGUCAGUCGAAUGCACAUCUUCCUGCUGAUGGAUAUAUUCAGCAGUGCACCAAAUGCAGAUUAAUCUGCACCUAAACUAGUUCCAAACAGAUGACUGUGUCUUCUUUUUGAGUAAUUUUUGCUGAAACACAGACAUUUAAAGAAAACAUUUUUAAAAUUUUGUAUUUUAACACAAGUUUUUAUAACUAUGAUAUCAAAACAUGGUUUGUUUUGGCUUUUUUAACUGAAUUUUCUAGCAAAGUUUUUAAUGCUUUUUGUAUUUUUUUAAAGUACUUUACAAAAAGCACAUCUACUGCUAUCAUUCAGCACAUUGUUUGUGUUUCAUCUAACAAUGCAAUACCAUUUUUUUUAAGGUAUUCAGUUGUUUUAUCUCUGUGCCAUUGAAAACAUAAUGGGUGUAGUAUGUUAUGACAGUAUGAGUUCUGCAGUAUGAUUCGUCCACCACCUUCAUAUUUGUCUAACACUAAUCUGAAAUGUAGUUUACUAAUCGUCUGUUUGUAUCCUCAGAGUUUAAUG